CUGCCGGGUCGAUCUGUGUGACGAGGGGAAGCUGUAGGACACUGGCCAGCGUAUGUUCUACCACAGCCGCUGAAUCACCAAACUGUGUUUUUGGCUCACGCAGCGCUGCCUCAUACACAUCACAGAGGAGUGCACGGACAGCCUCUUGGGCUUGCCCGGUGAGACAAUAUGACAGGUGUGUCAGGCGCUCCGUGCCCGUCAGCACACAGGUACCGUGUUCGAGGGCCUUACGCAGCCUACUUCAAGUGGGCCCCUCCAUGGAAGAGCCGUCGUACUUGUCUAGCGUUAUCGUGAGGAGUGCUGAAGGUCUUCGGAAUUCUGCGCGUCCACUGGAAGUGUCGAUAUCCAACUCCAGGGUUCAGCUUUCUCUUGGGCUCUUCGGAGUCUCGCAGCGGGCUCGUGAUUCAUCGUAUCAUCGCUGUCAGUCUUCUGCUAACCUCGGUCGCCAUCCUCCCCAACCAGCUCCUGUGACCACAGCUCUUCCUCUUCCAUAAACUACAGCUCAAGGUCAUCUACCGCUACCGCGUCGGCAGCCUUACGUACCGCUGCACAAGCCUUACCUACCUAGUCUUACCUACCAGCUGUUCCUCCGCUUCGGUUGCUGCCAUCGCUGCCCUCGUCUGAGCCUCAAAUGCGCGCUUUGCAUCGUUCGCAGGCUCCUUAGUCUGUGCAUCUCUCCCUGGAGAAAUUUGUGCCUAGCCUUUCGCGGAUAUCGCGAACGAUUCCGCUGUACUUCUGGUCUUCAGACUGCUUCGGGCCUUCGGAGACAUUUUUGUUACAUUACAACGUUACACUCUGGCCACGAUCCGGCCCGGUGGGCCAAAAUGUUAGUUCGCCAACAUAAAAUGGACGAAAAACUUGUGUAUUGCAACGAAAUGAAGUACCAUUGCCGCUCACUUCUCGCUGAAGGACCGCGAUCGACAAGCAGCAAUUUCGUAGAGGAAAACACUGGCACGAGGCCCAAAUUUCACGCGCAAGUCAGAGCACAGGUCUGUCUCUUGCGAAGCGGCGAAUUCCUCGCCUUCCUCCAGGCUAAUUUUCAUGUAAAACCAACGGGGGUUUUUGUGAUGAGUGAAUUUAGAUACGACAGAUGACAGACAUUCCAAAGGUUAUUAUAUUGAAAGCACUUCCUCGAUGUCAUGUUCCCAGACUACAUUUUUUUAAACGAUUUUGCUUGUGUCGCCCAGGAUGCGGUGACGUUUUUGGUAAAGUUGCAUCCUUUGGACGUUUUGUGCUUGGUUUAGUCCAACUUUAUGCUUGACUUCAUUUUUGUUUUCAAUAUUUAUCGUGACUUUUCUUCUUCACGCAUAAAUUCCAUACUGCCUUGCCGCAACCAAAUGUAGUAAAAACACCGUUUUGUAAGACACAUCGCACCAAGUGAAAUAGUGCCUUGAACUCUGGAACAAUCAUCGUGCAGCAUCAUUUACACUCCAGUCUGCCGGCAGCAGAUGUAAUUCUACACCCACGACAUGCCUCUGCCUCGGAUUGGUGCGGCACUGUGCCUUCUGGUAGUGCUCAUGGUUCCAUCCCCGUGCGACGGAUUUUUCUUUAAGCACUCUGGCGGAAUGCGGUGUGGCGGCUUGCACCGAAAUAUCAGUGAAGUCUCUGCGGCCGUGAAGUCGGCGGUGCUGCCGCGGUUAAACAGCUUGCAGGCCCAGUUGCGACACCUUAAGUUGCAGCGGCCGGUCUGCCCGCCACCGGUCUGUCCGAAGCCGGUUUGCCCGAAGCCAGUCUGCACGCCACCGGUCCACUGCCAGCCGCCGGUCCACGGCGAGCCGCCGGUCUACGGCAAGCCGCCGGCCUACGGCAAGCCGCCGGUCCGCGACUGCAGCGACCUGCCAUUUGGCUCGACCAGCGGAGUAUACCGGGUGUGGGUGAGUGGUCUGCCUAAACCGGUACCGACGUACUGUGACACGUCCAAGGACGGCAGCAAGUGGACCGUCAUCCAGCGGCGCGCCGAUGUCACACCCAGGCAGAACUUUUAUCUCAACUGGCAGUCCUACAAGAUUGGAUUCGGAAAGCUCGAUGGCGAAUUCUGGUGGGGCAAUGAGCACCUGUUUCGGCUAACCUCGCAGGGUGGCCGACGGUACAAGCUGCUCAUUAUCUUGGAAGACUUUGAUGGCGGAAUAAGGUACGCAUCAUACCAGAACUUCAAGGUCGGGCCAGAGCGGGAUGGUUACCGCCUUCACGUGAGCGGCUACACGGGAAACGCCGGCGAUAGUUUCGCUGGAUUUCACAAUAAUGCGCGUUUCACUACAAAGGAUAGGAACAACCAACAGCCGCGGAGACCAAGUUGUGCUCAGAGAUAUAAGGGUGCCUGGUGGUACAAGAACUGCCACGAAUCCAACCUGAACGGACGAUACCUUUCCGGACCGCAUAAAUCGUUCGCUGAUGGCAUCGAGUGGAAGCGUUGGAAAGGAUUUUAUUAUUCCCUGAAAUCAGUGGAAAUGAAGAUCAGGCCAGUAUAGAAGUAAGGGCUUCAAGUCACUAACUCGCUUGAAUGAUAUUUGCUUAGCCCGACGGCAUUUGUGAUGGAAAGCAAAGAGGUCCGUGCUUGAAAUGCUUGCAUGAGGCUUAUAGAAACUGGUAUAAUCAAAUUGUCUGUGGUUCUGGAACCCGGCGGAAACAAGCAAACAUGCGUAUCACUUUCUGCGGAAGAUUUGUAAACCUGUGCCGAAUAUUCCACAUCAUGUUAUAUUUGCAUGGUUAUAUGGACGAUCAAAAAUAAGCGUAUCCAUCCAAUACUGGACUGAUACACCAUGCAGCGUGA